UUCUCGAAGUAUUUCAAAAAUCCCUUUUAAAUUUGACCGCAAUAUUAGCUAAUUAAGCGGUGCUUGAAUGACGUUUAUUUCAGUUCGGGAAAACCGAAUCGGUCCAUGUCUCCGAUGAGACUGGUCGCAGCGGGAGCCUGGGGCUGCGUUCUAAUUAUAACCUAUGGAAUUGUCAGGAACUGUUUUGGUUUUUUUGUUUUUUUUUUUAGUCCAAUUGUAAUAACUGCUGUCAAUAUGGUGUUGCACAUCAUGAAGGUCAACGGUGCGAUGUGAAUGACAUGAGGUUAAAGUGAGAUUUUUUUUGCGAGGUUCCAGCGGGUCAGGUUUUACUUGCUCGCUUUGUUGAGUCUGUUGAAUGACGAAUCUGUUCCCUUCGGUGGGCUUAAAAUCAUUUGGAUACACAUUAUACAGUACAGUACCAAUACAGAUAACCAGUGUUGAGCUGGGCCAAAGGAAAGACGACGGCAAACCUAAUCAAAGUUUGACCUUGUGGCAUGAAGGUGACGUCGUCACAAAAACGUAUUUGGUCCUUGACCCGCUUCACUCUAUGUUCAGUCGUGCUUUUCUUGUUCCCUUUCAGCCAUGACUGAGUUUUCCCCACUAAGCAUGCAUUCAAUCACAUCAAAGCGCAGCAAGUCAAUUUGGUUCUGUGAGAGGGGAAAGGCUUGGCCUAUUAUUUAGUUUCGAAUGUACUUCCACAAUUCCCUUAGUAUCAACUCAGAAGAAAAUAUAACGGCAGAUGUUUUGACUCACUUAACACUUGUCUUUGGUGGUGCCUUUAUGGAUUCUGUACCCUUGACGUCUUCAUCUUGAGAGCAUAACUUUACCAUUUUUUUAGCCCUGGAAAAGGUUCAAACCAUUAUUUCAGUGUCUAAAAUGUUGUUAUACGCAACGUACGGUUUGUAGGGCGGCCCUAUUUUGUGCAGUGACCUCUACAAAGCAAAAAAAUGACUUUUUGUCAAAUUCACUUCCAUCAAGUCAAACACAAUCAGUAUUCUAAAUGCCAUGACUUACAUGGGCCAUGGAAAAUAGUCCAGAAAGUAUCCGUUUCGUAUUUGUGGAAGUUAUGACUUCACUGCUGUAUGAUUACAUGGAAAAAAUGGAAUAUUGGAAUAGAGAGCGCCAAAUUUGUUCGUCAGACAGUGUUUCUCCAGCAGUUCUUGCUGCUGGAGGCUGUAAAUUUCCCCAGUGUGGGACAAAUAAAGAAUAUCUUAUCUUAUCUUAUAUUCCCAUGUAAAUUGGCACUUCUUCAAUUCUUAAUGCUGUAGACAGUUAUGUUGGCAUAUAAAUGCUUUGUAGGCAAUUCACCCACGUCAUUAGUGAGUUCAUUAGCAUCCCUGUAAUGUAUUAUUGAAUUUUUAAAAAUCAUGCAAUGUGUGUAAAAUAGCUCAUUUGAAGAGUAUAUUGUGUGUGUGUGUGUCUGAGAGAGCGAGAUCUUCUCUCUAUCAAUCUAAUGUACUUCGCAGUGCAUGUUCCCUCUGCCCCAGUGCCUGUAACUCAUCAAUGUGUGCGAUCGGUAUCCCGCGGGUGCUGAUUGGGUCGAUGCCGAUGUAGGACGCAGCAUCCGGCGGUGGCGAUUGUAUAAAAACCGCCACUCGUGCCUCCCUUUCCCGUUUGCUGCCGGAGAGGCCUUGAGGAGAAGAUAGUGGAGAGAAGUAGAACGGGGCUUGGAAUGCUCUGGUAGACCUUCAAUAUCCCCGCAUGAAAAAGCGGCCGCUUCUGCAGAGGAUUGCCGAAUUCACUGUCGCCCCACUUGCAAUGGAGGACAGUGACCAUGAAAUUCCAUCGUCAUCAGACGAGCGGGACUCCUGUCCCGUCUCCCCAAAGCCAAGUGGGAACCAUGAUGGCGACCAGCAUUCCAGCCACUCCGAAGACUCCGAGCUGGAGAACAUUAUGCAAGAGCCCUGCCGUCAUGUCCAACGUGAGCAUGACGGCAGUCCGCAGCAGCGCCAUCUUGGCCAAGAGGCUCACGAUGCAGACGGGGCAGCCGAGGGCCAAGACCUUCCUCACAGCCCGUCCUCUUUGCGCCCCCCUGCGGCGGGUCGGGCCCAGUCGGAUUGGGGUUCCGAGCCCGCUUUACCUCCUCCGACUGCGGACUUUGACUUGCCCUUCCCCGUCAGUCCCUCCAGGCCCAAAAGUCCAUGGGCCCGUUUUGACCCGUACAGCAAUACCGAGGAUCAGGACAAGGAAUACGUGGGUUUUGCAACACUUCCCAACCAGGUGCACCGCAAGUCAGUCAAGAAAGGAUUUGACUUCACCCUCAUGGUGGCGGGUGAGUCCGGCCUUGGAAAAUCCACCCUGAUCAACAGUCUCUUCCUCACAGAUCUUUACAAAGACAGAAGGCUGCUGAACGCCGAAGAACGAAUCAUUCAAACAGUCGAAAUCACCAAGCACACUGUUGACAUUGAGGAAAAGGGAGUCAAACUGAAGCUGACCAUCGUGGACACGCCAGGAUUCGGCGAUGCGGUUAACAACACGGAAUGCUGGAAGCCAGUGGCCGACUACAUCGACCAGCAGUUCGAGCAAUACUUCAGGGAUGAAAGCGGCCUCAACCGCAAGAACAUCCAGGACAACCGCGUGCACUGCUGCCUCUACUUCAUCUCCCCCUUCGGCCACGGCCUCCGGCCACUGGACGUGGAAUUUAUGAAAGCCCUGCACGAGAAGGUUAAUAUUGUUCCAGUGUUGGCCAAAGCAGACACGCUCACCCCGAGUGAGAUCAAGAAGAAGAAAUUAAAGAUCAGAGAAGAGAUCGAGCUAUGUGCUAUUAAGAUAUACCAAUUCCCCGACUGCGACUCUGAUGAAGAUGACGACUUCAAGCAGCAGGAUUACGAACUGAAGGAAAGCAUUCCGUUUGCCGUCAUCGGCAGCAACAUCGUGGUGGAAGCCAAAGGGAAGAAGGUGCGAGGUCGUCUGUACCCUUGGGGCAUCGUCGAAGUUGAAAACUCGGCGCACUGUGACUUUGUGAAGUUGCGCAACAUGCUGGUUCGAACGCACAUGCAGGACCUGAAGGACGUGACCCGAGAGACCCACUAUGAAAACUACAGAGCCCACUGCAUUCAGAGCAUGACCCGCAUGGUUGUGAAGGAGCGGAACCGCAAUAAGCUAACCAGGGAGAGCGGCACCGACUUCCCCAUCCCCGCAGUGGGCGACAUGACCGACAGUCAGACGGAAAAGCUGAUCCGGGAAAAAGACGAGGAGUUGCGGCGCAUGCAAGAGAUGCUGCAGAGGAUUCAGGGCCAAAUGCACACCAAGAAGGACGCCUACUGACACGCCGUGUUGCCCGCUUGUACUUUCGCCUGCCAUCCCGUCCCGACGACCUUAUCAACCUCAUCGGUGCCCAUCGUGGCACUCGGCAGGAUGAGGUAAGAAAGCGCCACUCUGUAAAUGGGAUUGGAAAAAACAAAUGAGACGCUUGUUCUAAAAUGUCAAUGAAUAUCCAUUUCUCACCUAAACCUGUCAAACGUUUGUUUGUUCUUUUGAUGUGUUUUUUCAUUUUCCUGGUGCCGGUUUUUUGGUUAUUUUUACUCUUGGUCAAUGUGACCUUAUCAAAUCUGUCAUGUCUUUUUUUU